CUCGAUCUCUCUUUCAACACUGCAGAGGCUGACUGCAACGUCAAAAAAAAAAAAAAAAAAAGAAAAAAUAUUUAAGAUAACCCCAAUAGCAGCCAUUUUACGCUGGGAUAGCAUCUAAAUUCUUCUCAAGACUUAAAUAGUUAUUUUUUGCUAUGCGUUUACAGUAUUAGUACUACUGACUGUAUCUUCUCUCUGGCACAGGCCUGUUACCACCACUACUACUCCUGCUGGGGACAGGCUUAAAUGGUGAUCCCUUAGAGCCCCUUAUCUGUUGUCAUCCCACCAGUUCCUUAUUACUUGUGCAAGCGGCGAAGACAAAAUGGAUGAUACAUACCGGGACAGGACAUCAUUAGUUAAGGGGGCGAAAGAAAUCGCAAGGGAGGCGAAGCGGCAAGCUGUGAAGAAAGUGAACAAAGCUGUGGACCGGGCGCAGGACGAGUACACCCACCGCUCCUACAGCCGCUUCCAGGACGAGGAGGAGGAGGAGGACAACCACAAUUACAAGCAGGGCGGCCAGUACGGAGAGCCGGCCAACGAUGACGAGGGCUCCAGUGACGCCACGGAAGGCCACGAUGAAGAAGACGAGAUCUACGAGGGCGAGUAUCAGGGCAUCCCCAACACAGGCCAGGCCAAGGACAACCAGGCGGACCUGGGGCAGGCUGUGAUGGGCAAGGACCGGCGGGAGCUGGAGUCGGAGCGCCAGGCUGACGAGGAGGAGCUGGCCCAGCAGUACGAGCUCAUCAUCCAGGAGUGUGGGCACGGCCGCUUCCAGUGGCAGCUCUUCUUCGUUCUGGGCAUGGCUCUCAUGGCAGACGGGGUGGAGGUCUUCGUUGUGGGGUUUGUGCUCCCCAGCGCAGAGACAGAUAUGUGCGUCCCCAACUCUGGAGCAGGGUGGCUGGGCAGCAUUGUGUACUUGGGGAUGAUGGUGGGGGCGUUCUUCUGGGGCGGCAUGGCGGACAAGGUGGGCCGGAGACAGACGCUGCUGAUCUGCAUGUCUGUCAAUGGAUUCUUCGCUUUCCUCUCCUCCUUUGUUCAAGGCUAUGGGUUGUUCCUGCUCUGUCGUGUGUUCUCAGGGUUUGGAAUUGGAGGAGCAGUUCCAGUCGUGUUCUCCUACUUUGCUGAGGUGCUGGCGAGGGAGAAGAGAGGAGAGCACCUGAGCUGGCUGUGCAUGUUCUGGAUGAUAGGGGGAAUCUAUGCCUCGGCCAUGGCUUGGGCCAUCAUACCACAUUAUGGCUGGAGUUUCAGCAUGGGCUCAGCCUACCAGUUUCACAGCUGGCGAGUGUUUGUGGUUGUAUGUGCCUUUCCCUGCGUCUGCUCUGUCGUGUCUCUCACCUUCAUGCCAGAAAGCCCAAGAUACUUUUUGGAGGUUGGAAAGCAUGACGAAGCCUGGAUGAUUCUUAAACAGAUCCACGAUACCAACAUGAGAGCUCGUGGGCAGCCAGAGAAAGUCUUUACAGUUAACAGAAUCAAGACUCCGAAACAGAUUAAUGAGCUGAUUGAGAUGCAGGCUGAGACUGGAAAUUGGUUUUCAAGGGGCUUCGCACAAAUACGCUCAGAGCUCUAUGGGAUUUGGUUGACGUUUAUGAGGUGCUUCCACUACCCUGUGAAAGAUAAUACCAUUAAGCUUGCAAUCGUCUGGUUUACACUGUCUUUUGGUUACUAUGGCCUGUCCGUCUGGUUUCCUGAUGUCAUCAAUCACCUGCAGUCUGACGAGUACGCAUCAAGAGUUAAAACUUUCAGCAAGGAGAGACUCGCCAAUUUCACUUUCAACUUUACUUUGGAGAACCAGAUCCACAGUGACGGAGAAUACAUCAACAACAGGUUCAUCGGCAUGAAAUUCAAAUCAGUAACCUAUAUAGACUUCACCUUCAAGAACUGUUACUUUGAUGAUGUUACUUCACUGAGCACGUACUUUAGGAACUGUACCUUUUUAGAAACCUUCUUCUAUAACACAGAUAUCGAGGAAUCCAAGUUCAUCAACACAGAGGUGAUAAACAGCACAUUUCAUCACAACAAGACCGGCUGUCAGAUGACCUUUGACGAUGACUAUAGUGCCUACUGGGUCUACUUUGUGAACUUCCUGGGCACUCUAGCAGUGCUGCCUGGGAAUAUUGUGUCAGCGCUGCUCAUGGACAAGAUUGGACGCUUGACAAUGUUAGGUGGCUCUAUGGUCCUUUCUGGAAUCAGCUGCUUCUUUCUGUGGUUUGGAACCAGUGAGUCAAUGAUGAUAGGAAUGCUGUGCCUUUACAAUGGCCUUACUAUAUCAGCCUGGAACUCCCUGGACGUGAUCACUGUGGAACUCUAUCCAACGGACAGGAGGGCGACUGGGUUUGGAUUCUGCAAUGCGCUCUGUAAAUUGGCAGCAGUGCUUGGAAACCUGAUAUUCGGCUCGCUGGUUGGCAUCACCAAGGCCAUCCCCAUUUUACUAGCGUCCACUGUCCUGGUCGUGGGCGGCCUUGUGGGACUCCGACUUCCGGACACGAGAGCCAAUGUGCUCAUGUAACCAGCCGAGCCCUGAGGACCUGCUUCCAGGUGCCUCGCUCAUGGGCUGUAGAGGUGCAAAAGGGUUAGAUACUCAGCAGAUCAAAGAAACUACUCACAUCUCUUAAAUUAAAUUUUAAAUUAAAUAAAAUUAAUUUAUCGUUUUAAAUUCCGUCCUAGCAGAUCCACUUUGGGACAGAAGAGAACGAGAAUUAAACAGUCACCAAUAUUAUCCAUUCUAGGUCAGCCUAUUCUCCAUUUUUGAUGCCACCAUGUCUAUGUGGUUUAUUUACAUUCAUUAAGUGAGCCACCGUAUUGUGUUAAUUCUGUUAAGAAAGCGCCCACAGUGACCCUCAAACUUCUAAAACCACUCCUACCACUGUAUUCUUGUUGUGUCUUGUGAUGUUUAAAAGUGAGUUAAGUGCAUCACACUGGCUAGGGGAAAAAUACCAUCAGGAUUAGUUUAGUGUUAAAAGGCAGCUGUAUUUAGAUCUGUAGAAGGUUAGAGCAGAAACAUAGGACCCUGUGCCGAGUUUAAACCUUAUUACAAUACAUAGCCAUGCAAAGUGUUUUUCAACAUAUUCAUCCCAUAGCCACAUGUUCUGCGUUAUAAACCAACCUUGCACACUCCAUGAUACACUCGUAAUACAGCAAGUUCAAGUUAAAACAGUAAGAAAUGUAUCAAGCAUGCAAACAUCUUGACUCGUGUCUCAGUUUGUCAUGUUCUGACACUGACCAAGACAUUAGACAAAACUUUUGUCUAUGUGUGUGUAUCCAGCGUGCAUGUGUUAGAAGGCUCUCAGCAGCCUUUCAAAGGGGAACUUUGAACAAAUAACAAAAUUAAUUACAUUGUUUUAUUGAUUUUUUAAAAAAUAUAAGUUAUUCUAUCAACAUAUACAAUCUAUAUUUUCCACAUUUAGCCCUGAUUAUUACUUUUGCACAGAGAGUUACCAAGCCAUGUUGCUGCUGUUGAAUCAUUGUGAGCCUUUAAGUUUUGGCAUCAGUCAGUUACCAGGCACUGGUAGGAGCUAAGUAGUAAAAUAAAGGAUACAUGUGUAUACCGCCUGUUGAGUAUUAAACACAUUACAGCUCACUUGUGAAAUGCAGUCUAAUGCAAAUCUAGUAGAGGUGGAUGGUACAGUAUAUAGACAUAUAGCAAUGUAUCUAGGAACAGGAUACCAGAUUACAUGAUCUGCCACAACCUGAAUACAGAUACACCCCUUAACGAUCACCAGCUUUUUCAAAACUUUAAGUCUGAUAUCUUCAAGAAUCAAGCUGCAAAGAUCUGAACCUUUUGCACCAGAUUACAUUUUAAGAUGGAAGAGGCCAUAGUAAAUAGAAAUGCAGUUCCAUAUUCAUAUCUCAACUGUGUGCCAUUUUAAAAGUAUGAUUUUGUUUCUGCUUUUUUGUUGGUAUAAUAGUAGAAAUAAUUCUAAACACCAAUGCAUUGGAGGGAACACACAUUAGACUUUUCUUCUGACACCUUCAUUGUUUCCCUGUUAAGCAAGCUUGUUGUUAAGAGCUUCCUCUGUCAAUGAAUGCAUCUUUAUGCAUAUUCUGUACUGAAUGCUUCUGAAGUGGCAGUACCUGUUGUACAUGCCACUUCUCUGCGCACCUUUUAAAACAUUAAAUGGCCUUUUUAAUGCUGUGCCUCUGUUUCAUUUAGAAGCCUUUAAUAUUAUGGAAUAGGGUCUUUGUUUUUUUAGAUCUCUUAUGAUGAUUUUUUUUUCAUGCAGUGCCAAAUCCAAGUUUACUAACAAUUCACGUUCUACAUAUCUUCAUGUUUACAAAAAUGUAUGAAUUCCUCAUCAAUAUGAAUAAGGUUUUACCAGUCGCAGUUCUCGCAACUCUGAUUCUACUGUAUUACCCGUCACUUCUCUGUAACAUAUUAACCUCUCCAUACAAUAUACCCGUUGUGUCUGUGUCCUGCUCUGUGUCCAGCUGAUCUGAUUGAGAUCAGUCGAUUGAAUGGCACGUUAUCAA